AUGUCUUACCACAAGGAUUAUUACGCAAAUUACUCAAGAAUGCCUAAUAGCAAGAGUCCUGCUCUCGAGGACAUGCCUACCGGUUCGUCUUUGGCCGACCAGGGUAGGCGCACUGUACUGCCCCCUCUCACUUUAGCGUUUCCAACCUCUCACUCCUCAGGACCCGCGACUGCGACGUACACAAGCGCGCAUUACCAACAGUAUCCCCAGCAACGGCAACCCCAACAGGCUCAUGCCGCUCAGGGGUCGUCUUACGAGCACGGAGUUCCAGCCACUCCGUACGGAUACGAUGCACACUAUUCACAACCAAUGCAUCCGUCGCAGCAGCACCAACAGUAUCUCUACCAGGAGCAGCCGUACUCUCAGGGCGGCCACCACCAGUAUGCAUCCCACCAUGCUCGUACUUCUCCACCUUCCACCUCCCAACCUCAGCGCCCUCUCCGUCUUAGCAUGCCCAGUACUCAGCAAUAUCCGCGUGAUGAGCAACGUUGGACGACCGACUCGGCUUACUAUCAGCAGCAGUCCCCUACUAAUCUCACCUCACAUAGCGACAUUCGUUCUCCACAGGCCGGCUAUGGCACGGCUUACCCUCAGUACCAAACACUUCAACACACUCCCUACACAACUACGAGUCCCUCCAGAGGCGUCGCUCCCGCAUCCGUCCCUCACCAUCAUACCGGGUCGACAACUCAUCAAGCUCACAACUACCCAUAUGGUGCUGAUCGCAUGCAGCGUCAAGCUAGCCAUGGGUCCGCCGACCGACAUGUUCCCUCCCGAAACGUCCCUCACAUGCCGUACGCCCGCGGCGCGCCUACCUUGCCCUCUCCCGUCGAUUACGACAUGAACGAACAUUCCCAAGACCCCGUCAUCAAGAAGAAGCGUAAACGCGCCGACGCCCACCAGCUGAAGGUCUUGAAUGAAGUGUACGCGCGCACGGCGUUCCCAAGCACGGAGGAGAGAAACGACCUGGCGAAGCAGUUGGACAUGUCGGCGCGUAGCGUACAGAUUUGGUUCCAAAACAAGCGACAGUCGAUGCGUCAAGGGACUCGUUCGACAAGUCAAAGUGGGACACACCCUGCUAUGACCGCCCCACUUCCUGCUCCUGUUGGUUCAUCUCAUGAUGUUCCGACAUCCUCGAGGUCGCCUCCUCCCGGUGCCCAGUAUAGCGCCACUUCUUCGUCCUCUGUCGCCGGACCAUCACGAGCGGGAUAUUCUGCGCGCUCGCCUCCACCGAUGGCCAGACCUACAGGCCAAGGACCCGUUCGACCUCCCAGCAGUGCUGGACACAGAAGUGGGGAGGUAAAGCCAGGAUGGUCUAGUGGCUAUGGACGGGGAUACUGAUGGGUGUUGGGUACGCGUCUCUGGCACGCAUGAGGUCUCGGACAAAGGCUUUGUUCGUCUUCACGAUUCACGGCAACGGUUUCCAUUUCUCCUCUUCAUCUCCCUUCUGGUCUUCCAUGUUGCUUUCAUUUGUCUCCAUAUCAUCACGCACAUUCAUUGUCACACAAGAAGUCAUCUUACUAAUUAUUCUACAUGCUCACGUUCCGAUCUCUGAUCAUUGCAUUGCUGUCGACGUCUAAUCUUAUUCAGCUCGGACUACUUAUGUCGCAUUCCUACCCGACAUUGCAUUGAUGUUCUCAUACACAUACUCACGAUUCGACUGAUAUCACUCUGCUUUCUGUAUAUGUUAUAUCUAUCCGCACGUUCCCGAGUUGCUUUAUCGGUCUGUAUCAUGCUAUCCCUGUCUUCCGGUCUUCUUUCAUGUUUACUUCAUGUUCAUUUCAUCUUAUGUUGAUUAUGAACCUUCCAUUCCGUUUCUCAAAUAAACCGUACAUCUCUCCUCCUUAGCUACCCGCUCUAAACCCGUAUAUUACUCUACUAGCUUUCUUCACACUCACAUAGCCACGUUCCCUUGUCUUUCUCUAGUUCUCACUGCCAGCCUACAUACAAUAAUAAUACUACAAACCCUAUUCGUACUAUACUU